AUGUCAACGCGCCAGGACAAAGCAACAACAGAGCGGCAUGCAAAGACUCUAAGGGAGCUGCUCAAAAGGCCUGAGAACAAAGUAUGUGCUGAUUGUAAACGGAAUGACCCACGAUGGGCUUCGUGGAAUAUUGGCGUCUUUCUAUGCAUUCGUUGCUCCGGCAUCCAUCGAUCCAUGGGCACGCAUAUCAGCAAAGUCAAGUCAGUAGAUCUUGACGUUUGGACGCCUGAGCAAAUGGCCUCCAUCCAGAAAUGGGGCAACCGCCUAGCUAACUUGUACUGGGAGGCACAUUUAAAGCCAGGGCAUCUCCCGGCGGACCACAAAAUGGAGUCCUUUAUCCGUUCAAAGUACGAAUCUCGUCGGUGGGCUCGCGAGGGGCCACCGCCGUCCAACCCGUCGACCCUUGAUAGUCAGUCUGCGUCCCAGUCAGCUCCUCCGGUGCAGACGACAAAACGAUCGCAGACGCCCGUCGAGUCUCCUAUAACAGCGACCGCCCCUCGCCUAUCGGUCACUUCGCGUCAACCACAGCCACACCAACUGCUCUCGUCCAGCGUUGCAAACCGUGCACAACAGGCCGCAUCACAAUCGGCCGUCCCCGCUCCUCAAGCGCAGGUACCCCAAGCCCCCGCCGCUCCCGCACCUUCCGAUGAUCUCUUCUCGCUCGAUUUCCACGCUCCCACAAGCACUCCAUCCAAUGCUGUCCCUUCCGCGCCGAAGAAGGAUGUUAAACAAGAUAUAUUAUCCCUUUUCUCGACUUCGGCUGCGCCCGCCCAAGCAUCGUCGGCUUUUGGGCAGUUUGCCCAGCCCCAGAACGCGUGGAGCGCUUUUAAUACCCAACCCGCGCAGCAACAACAUCCCACACCGGCGACCAGCAUGAUGGGAGCAGCAGGCGUUGGCAUGUGGGGCACCAGCUCAGGAUGGAAUACAACCCCCGCAGCGCCAGCACAACCUAAUUUAUGGACCACUCCAGCCACGCAGCCAGCCGUUCAGCAGCAAAGCUUGUUCUCGACCAGCGAUGUGUGGGGAUCGUCUGGUGGUGCCAAUGCAGGUAAUGGUGAUUUAUUUGGAUCGAAUUUGCCCGGUAUGCAAAAGAAGGACGAUGCUUUUGGAGACAUUUGGGGUGGCUUUAAGUAG